UUGGACAGAGAGGUGGCAGUGGACGUGGUAUACUUGGACAGAGGGGUGGCGGUGGACGUGGUAUACUUGGACAGAGGGGUGGCGGUGGACGUGGUAUACUUGGACAGAGGGGUGGCGGUGGACAUGGUAUACUUGGACAGAGGGGUGGCAGGUGGACGUGGUAUACUUUUACAGAGGGGUGGCAGUGGACAUGGUAUACUUGGACAGAGGGGUGGUGGUGGACAUGGUAUACUUGGACAGAGGGGUGGCGGUGGAUAUACUUGGACCGAGGGGUGGCGGUGGACGUGGUAUACUUGGACCGAGGGGUGGCGGUGGACGUGGUAUACUUGGACCGAGGGGUGGCGGUGGACCUUGAGGGGUGGCGGUGGACGUGGUAUACUUGGACCGAGGGGUGGCGGUGAAAACGUGGUAUACUUGGACCGAGGGGUGGCGGUGGACGUGGUAUACUUGGACCAAGGGGGUCAGUGGAUUGCUUUA